AUGAAAGCGGCCUUACAAGGAAGAAACAAAUGUGCCAAAUUGUUGUUGUUUGCAGGGGCCAAUCCAACAUUGAGAGACAACGGCCGAGGUUUCAGAGCGGACCAAUGGGCACGUUUUUGCGGUCGCUACGUUUGCGCCGACGUUAUAGAAAAACACGCCAGGCAAAGGCUUCUGGAACGUUCCACGUCGUACGGCAGCUGGGGAAUGGAGCAGGACAACAGGGCCGUGAUGGCGGGAAAAGUUGUACAAGUACCGCCUGUCAGUUCGCCACCACCUAAUGGACUAAAAUCUAGAUUGAAAAAAGUAUUUCGUACGUCUUCCGGACCAUCAUCGGACACUUUUUCCAGUGCCCGAUUGGUCACCCAAUUGACAUCGGCCGCUCUUUGCGCCAGCAGUCCCGUACUUCCCGGCAACGGUUCGGUACCGCCAAUGGUAAAGUCCCUGUUGAGACCUUUGACAGUGCCCAGAUUGCAGAUCACUUUGGUUAACAAUAACGGCGAUUAUCCCAAUAACAAUUUGGAGUCUGGCUGUUCCGAGAAGAGGAUGGAGAAUGGUAAAGGGGCGAUGAGUAAUGGUACUGCUAACGGGAAAAAUGAGGUUAUUAAACUGGCAAGAUGUAAAAAGAAAAAAUAG